CAAGUAUUACAACUAUGAUAUAUUUUGACCUGGUGUUGCGAAGAUAAACAAACAUGUCUGACAAAAGUGACAGACCUGGGAGUGAAAAGCCCAUCAUUUUUUCCAGACCACAUUUGUUAAUUGAAAGAGAAUUGGACAAUUUAAAACGAGAUAAGCCAUGGGGCAUAGAAGCACAUCCACUGACAAAUGAAAAUAUUUUUGAAUGGGUUGCAAAAAUUAAAGGAUUAAAAAAGACAGUUUGGGAAGGUGGCACAUUCACACUUUACUUGAAAUUUGAUGAGAACUUUAAUCUUCGACCACCUGAAGUUUGCUUCCAUACGAUCCCAUUUCAUCCAAAUGUGGAUAUGAUCACUGGACGUCCAUCUCUAGACUUUUUGGAUGACUUCUCCAAAUGGAAGGAAACUGACACUGUUUCCAAAAUACUAGUCACAAUUCAGGACAUGUUGGCCAACCCAGAUCUGGGGAAGGCUGUAAAUGUUGAGGCAGCGGAGAUGAUCAUGAGGUCCCCGCACACAUUCAGACAGAUGGUGCUAGACUGUGUGGUCGCCAGUCAGAGAGUGGAGGAGUCAUACCAGAGUGUAGACCCAGCAAAAUACAUAACACAGACCCCUCACUCAGAUUUUGAGUCCCGUGUACGGUUUAAAAUUCCCGAUGGAGAGAAGUCUGGAAGGAAGACCUACUCUUCUAAGCCCCCUUCAAAGGUUGCAAAACUUUCCUUUGAAGACUAUCACAUCACAUGGAGCGGAAUAGCAACCUCCAAGGCGAGAUCAGAUUUGAAAAAUCCAUUACUGGAAGCGAUUAAAGAGAACCCAGCGCUGCAGAAGGCGCACCUUGGAUUGCCCCAGGAAGAGAUUGAGGAACAGAUGAAACGCCAGCUGGAGGAACAUGAGAUUUUAAUGUAUGGACGAUUUCGGAACAAGCCGUCCAUGGAGGAAGAGAAAGCUAUCAAGAUGGCCCGUCUGAAUAAGAUGAAGAAAAUAUACCUGCCCCCACGAAUAUCACCAAGUUUCGAACUUCCACACUCCGGAGACAGUGCCCCCUCCCCCCUCCAGUAAGGGGAAAGAUGAGCCGUGGGAGAAAGAAGUGGACGAUUUAGUUGCCUGGUCCUCCAAACUAGACGCUAAUGCAUUGGAAACGUGAUGCUCUCCAUACCGUUUUUUGUUGAAAAAUUAUUAACAAAAUUGUUAUCUCCUGAAAUGAUAAUGUUUGAAUGGCAUAUGAGCCUUGUACUGGGACAACUGGGCUUCAUUCAUGUGCGUAAAUUGCCAUCCUAGGUUAGCCUGUGCAGUUAGCUUAGGCUAAUCAGGGACAAUUAUUUCCGCUUUAAUUGGAUUGUCAUUUAGAAGAGACUUUGAUAAAUCAGAAAACUCAAUAAAAUAGAAAAUGUUUUUCCAGAUUAGCCUGCAGACUGCACAGGCUAAUCUGGGACAACACUUUUCGCACUUGCAUUAAGCCCAGUUUUCUCAUAUACUUACCUUAUCUAUGUAUACAAGUGGGCAAAUUUGUGUUGCAUGCAACAACCAUUUCGCUAGCUCAAAGGUCAAGGAUACAUAAAAAAUAUAAAUAUUUUUUUUUUCAUGUUCCUUAUGUAAUGAUAGAUGUAAAAUGAGUCUGGCUAUGUAAAAAGGGGUUUUAUGCCUAAAGUGUUGUCCUAGAAUAGCCUGUAAUGACGACACUUUCCGCCUAAAUUGGAUUUUUGUCAAGUAGUCUUUCUUUAAACAAAAAAUUAAAUAAAAGUGGAAAGUGUCCUUGAAUAGCUUGUGCGGACUGCACACGCUAAUCUAGGACAACAUUUUACGCAAACGCAUUAAACCCCCUUUUAACAGAGCAUGGCCUAAAAAGAUGUUGGUGUCAGCCCCUAUUUGGCAAAAAUGAGCAGCAUAUUUAGACAAUAUGACAUUGUGGCUUGCUUAUAAGUCACACAGUCAGAAUAAGAUAUUAGGCAUUAUGUACAACAAAAUUUAAUAAGGUACAUAUCUUGUAUUUGCCUUAAUCAUUAUCUUGACUAAUGUCGGUAUUUAUUGUUUACUAAUUGAGUUGCAUUAUGAGAAAACUGGGCUGUGAGUGAAGUGUCAUCUCUGGUUAUCCUGUGAAGCCUUUAAUAAGUAAUAAUACAAUUAUUAUUAUAAAUUAAUAAUAAAAGCCAGUUUACUCACAGCAGAGCUCAUUUGACUAUGUAUAGAAAGUUUUUUAAUUAUUCAUGGAUAAUGUGUAUCCUGUAUAAACAUCACAUAUUGAAAUUUGUAUUUGCAUUAAGGGAUUUAUUGAGGUCAUUUUUUUUUCCUGAAUUAAGGAAACCUAGCAUACAUGAAUGUUAAAGGCUCUAUAAAGGUGAAGAUCCGUAAUUAUUUACCGAUUUUUAAAUAUUUUUUCAUAUUUUAUUAAUAAAGGUUAUCAAAAAACAAUGUAUAUAAGCUAUUGGACAUUACAAUAAAAAAAAAAGCAAAACAACUUGUUUUGAGCUCAAAAUAAAUUUCAUUAAGUGUCCUCCAAGUCAAUUGUGUUUACAAACAAUCAGUUUAUUGACAUCGCUGUUAACUCGGAAAAGAGAAAGUGAAAGUGACUCAGGUCACCAAAAAUAUAACAAUGAUUUUUAACGUUUUCCGGUAUCACCCUCAAAGUAGGUCUCUUCUAAAUGGUUAACGUUUGUAGUGAUCUAAUAAGUUACUUUCUGCUGGUUUAAAGUUGUUUAAAAUAGAAUUAAAAUUGAAUUUUCUUUCGGCUAUUUUUAGCACAUGUCACCGCUCUGAGGUGACACAUCACGUUAGUUGCAAAAAUGUAAACAUUUCUUCCAAUUAUGAAAAAGGGUUUAUCUUCCAUAAUUCUUGACAACGUUGUACCUAAGCUGUUUUAUUAGCAGUUUUUAUGCAAGAAUAACUGAAAUCCGGUAAAAAUCAGACCAGUUGAUAUGCAUAAUAAUUGGAUUUGUCACCUUUAUAGAGCCUUUAACGAUAUCCACCAUCUAACACUUGUGAAGUGAUUCUAAAACAAUUAUGCUUAUAUUUGUAUUAUAUAUUUAUUACAUGUAUUUAAUUGUACAUAAAUUUUGUUAAUUUGCAGUAAUAAAAUUGAUUCUUAUUUAAUCACUGUUUUGCAAACUUUUUUUACAUGGUUUUGAAAUGAAUGUUAACAUUCAUGUAUUGUUCUUGUUGUAAUAAAUUUUAUGAAAAAUA